AUGCAGACUCGCGGCGCGCUGAGUUUCUUGUUGUGCAUGAUGAGCUGCGCGUGGCUGCACUCAGGACUGGCCUCACGCCUGAAGUCGCCCAUUCUGCCCAUCCAGUCCGAGAGGGAGCCUUUACCAUCCAAGGGCAUGUCAGGUGAGCCAAUAUGCCUCUUCUACUUCAGUCAACGUCACUUAUUUUCAGGGUGAAUAUCAGAAUUCAAUUAAUGACCUAUAAUGACCCCUGCUGCGUUUUGAAUUCUGGCAGGGGCAUCUCAGCUAUAUAGGCUAGCCUAGUGCUCGUUUGCUAAUCUGCCGAAUUUAAGUUUGAAUGUAUAGUCUGAUAUGUCUAUAGCUUUUUAAGACCGUCAUUAGAUGACUGCUUAGGCUACUACAGGCACACCGUAUUCCUAGCCUAUCGUUUUGUCUAUCAAAGUGUCUGACUGCACAGCAUCAGACCUCUUCUCCUUAUAAUCGACCCAAUUUUGUUUUUUUGCUUUCGUGCAUCUUCCUCAAACUGCCCACUGUUAUGGUUACAUCAUGAACAAACUUGCAGAAAACGUAUUAGUCAUAACCAGUGAGAAUGCCAUCUGGUCCACGUGCAGGGCUUUAAACUGCUUGUUUUUAAAAGGGUAGGCCUACUGAUCUCAUGAGAGUGAGAAGUCAAGGCGUUAGAGCAGUGUAUUAACAACUGCCACUAAUAACGUUUAUCCAAUCCUGGAAACUGUAAUCAAUCGACUUUCCAUUACUGCAGAUCUUUAGUGGCCUUCUCUGGCUGUGCCAAGCAGUGAUUUAUAUUGCAGUGAGUUUUGCGGGCAAGCUUGGUGCUCCAUCUAACUCUAACGCGACUGGACUGUUUAAAGUGUAGUCACUUUAUGAAAGAAUAAUGAGAACCAGGUUGUUAGCAGCUACGGCAACCGCACAAUAUCAAAUAAACAGUAGUGAACUUGGCACCGGGGAGCCUCACCUCCAGGCUGCGGUAGUGGGCCUGAGGUGCUAAGGUGACUGCGGUGUACAGCGACUCUUGAAACGAGGGAGGAAUGCACCCAUAUGGAGCUAGGCAGGGGAGGGUUGUGGCACAAACACUUGUUGCUGGGGCAAUUUUUAUGCUAUAUUUUUUAUAAUGCAAUAAUUUUAUUAAUACCACUUUUCCAAUCAAUUUGAAAAACUCGAAACCAAACACAUCAAUUCGUUUCCAUUACAUAUCCCCUGGUAGGCUACCAAAAGCGCAUUCCUUUUAUUUAUCUUUCCAAAUGGCUUCAUGUUUGUUGUGUGAAUGGUAUUUUUUAUAUUAAUUUGAGGGCCCCCUGCACCGUUUAAAUGAAACAGGAUGCGCCGGUGAGCUCUGGAACACAUGAGGCAUACAGUCAAUCCACCCAACAUGUCCCAGCCGCAGAAUGGAUUAUCUGUCAAACAUCCACAGUCUGGCUGGACAGAACAAUAUUUUUGUUGUUCUGUCUGACGCCAAUGUGGGAAUAUGCAGUCUUUCACUUCGCAGUGAACUGUCCAGUACACAUCCCAUUGUCAAGUGCAUAGGCCUGGCUAUCCCAUUACUCACCAGUUUUACAUUUAGAUGUGGACUGUACCACCUGCUAGUGUAUUGUUGUCUAAAUGUGUUCUUCUGGUCUGAUUGCAGGAUGUUCAUUCGGAGGAAGAUUCUAUUCGCUGGAGGACACUUGGCACCCUGACCUCGGGGAGCCGUUUGGGGUCAUGCACUGUGUCCAAUGUUACUGCGAGACAGUAAGUAACACCCUUCACAACAACAAGCCUAGUAGAGUACAUGUCAAUAUUGGAUAGUGGACCCAUUAUGUAGGCCUAGGCAGUGGUGUAAAGUACUUACAAAAAAAUACUUUAAAGUAUCUGUACUUUACUAUUUAUAUUUUUGACUACUUUUACUUUUACUUCACUACAUUCCUUAAAAAAUAUUGUACUUUUUACUCCAUACAUUUUCCUUGACACCCAAAAGUACUCAUGACAUUUUGAAUGCUUAGCUGGACAGGAAAAAGGUCCAAAUCAUGCACUUAUCAACAGGUCAUCCCUACUGCCUUUGAUCUGGUGGACUCAUUAAACACACAUGCUUCAUUUGUAAAUUAUGUCUAAAUGUUGCAGUGUGUCCCUGGCUAUCUGUAAAUUUAAAAAACAAGAAUUUGUUUUUAAAUUUUUUUAAUUAUUUUGAAAUGAUUCAUGCUCAUUUAGGGAAGGUUUAUUACUGGAGUGACAACUUACCUACGAUUUUGAAAUGAUUUAUACUUUUACUUUUUAUACUUAAGUAUAUUUUAAACCAAAUACUUUUGGACUUUUACUUAAGUAUAAUUUUACUGGGUGACUUUCACUUUUUCUGGAGUCAUUUUCUAUUAAGGUAUCUUUACUUUUACUCAAGUAUGACAAUUGGGUACUUUUUCCACCACUGGGCCUAGGCCUAUCAAUGGACAGAAAUUGGAUGUAAAAAUAAUUAACUAAUUAAUUAUUAAUUAGUCAAUUACCAAAAUAAUCUCCUGGUCUUAGUGCCCACAAAAUGACCCCAUUUAACAAAUAUAAUCAGGCCUGUGUGAUACAGUGUUGAGGUCAGUGUGGAUGAAGAGUUGUUGUUUUCUAUCUAUUCUUUUCAGCAAAGGGGUCGUAAGGGUAAGGUGUUGGGAAAGGUGAGCUGUAAGAACGUCAAGCAGGACUGUCCUGAGCCUAGCUGUGAUGACCCAGUGCUGCUACCUGGACAAUGCUGCAAGACCUGCCCCAAAGGUAACCCCUACAAGCCUACUAACUGUCUCUAUCACUAUAUAGACUUGCCCCAAAGGUAACCUCUACAAGCCUACUAACUGUCUCUAUCACUAUAUAGACUUGCCCCAAAGGUAACCUCUACAAGCCUACUAACAACCUAUUCUGUCCCAUCAUGUCUCCUGUUACCACUCUCUCUCUCUCUCUCUCUCUCUCUCUCUCUCUCUCUCUCUCUCUCUCUCUCUCUCUCUCUCUCUCUCUCUCUCUCUCUCUCUCUCUCUCUCUCUCUCUCCAUCACUACAUACACUAUAUAUACAAAAGUAUGUGGACACCCCUUCUAGGUCAGUUAGUUUCAUUAUGUUGUUCUCUAGAGAGGCUGAUUGGUAAUCAGUAGCAGUUCUGGGCUAGGUUGUCUCUCCUACUUGACUGUGUCAAAUACGCUCAUUCUCUAACCAUCGGGAACCAAAGGCAAUUCAGACCGAUUUAGCCUAGUUCCCACUGUUACUCACCACCUUUUAUAUAGCAUACACACUCCCUCCCCCUCUCUCUUUUUCUCUCUCUCUCCUUCCCUCUUUCUCACUCCCUCAUUCACUCAGGCUCACAAUCAAACUCACACACACACGCGUGCACACACACCACACACACACACACCUGCGCAAACGUUCACUCACACACAUGUUGGGUCUUAUUUUCUCCAUAGUUAUUCAGCAGUGUGUUUUGGUAAUGGAAAGUCAAGGUAAAGCCCUGGGCUUCUCUGAGGCACGGCCCCCCAGCACUGAGACAACUUUGAGUGUGUUUGUGUUCAUGUGGGAAAAUGUUGAGAGUGUGUGUGUCAUAGUGGUGAUUUUGCGAAAAGCUUGGGAGUGUGUUGUGGUUGUGUCUUUAGGAAAAGUAUGAGUGUGUUUGUCUAAAUGUUAAAAAGCUUUGAGUGUGUUUGUCUAAGUGGUGGAAAACGGUGUGUGCGUGCGUGUCUAUCUGCACGUUUGUGUGUGUAUAUUCACUGGUGCACCUGAGGAUACAGUAUAGUAGAAUGCAGGGAGGUGAGACUGACACUACACAGAAGCCCUAGAGGGUGCCCUAUGGAGGGAGAGAGAGAGAGGACUGGAGGAAUAAGGCCAUGAAAGAGAGAGAAAGGAGGAUAAUAAAAGAGGUAGAGGAAAGAGCCAGAGAGAGAGAGAGAAAGAGAGGAUAUGAGGCGGACACAGAGAAGUAAAGCAGACAGUCUAGGAGUAAAGUGGAUGGCCUUGAAGAAAUAAGUCUGGACUCUUUGAUGAUGAUGUGUCUGUCUCGUAGUGUGUAUGUGUUUUCUCAGUAUGCUUUUCAGUGUGUCUGUACUUCAGUGUGUGUGAGUCGUCUGUCAGAUUGUGUGUUUGUGUGUGAGGCACUGAAAUGUGCUCAUGACAUCAGGACACACAGUGGUGUGGAAGAGCAGGUCAUUGUUGGGAUUGCACGCGAGUGUCACUGCCCGCCCCCCUCCGCUCCUCGGACAAAGAAACAAACCUUGGUACCGUGGCACCCAGACGAGCCAAGAGUGCUCCAAUGAGGGAUUGGAGGAGGCACCUGGAGAGAGAGAUACAGUGGAAGGGAGAGACAGCUAGACAGAGAGGGUGGAUAGAGUGAAAUAAGAGAGGGAGAGAGACAGAGAUAAUUAGGAAGGACUGAAAGAACUCUUGUCUGAAAUGUUGGAAUAGCAUUUUAGAAUUAUUCCUCUCCUCUCUUUCAACCUUUCACUCUGUAACUCUCACUCUUUCUAGCUGUUUCACUCAUUCAAUAUUUGUUGUGAUUCUCCUUACUUCAUGUUAAAGUAAUGCCAACCUGUAGGUGUUGUGUAAAUAUCCCCUGGGUGUUGUGUUGUGCUUGUCCAGGUGAGGUGGAGGCAGUGUUUGAUGGCUUCGAGUACUUCCAGGAGAAGGAGAAAGAGGAUGAUCUGCACAAGUCCUACAAUGACCGCUCAUACCUCAGCUCUGAGGACAUUUCCCCCGGGGAGAGCCGCACUGGUGAGCAUGCACACUCAGCCACACGAACCCACGCAUACAAACACACACAAAUGGACAUACAUCAUUGACAUUUAGCAGACGCUCUUAUCCAGAGCAACUUACAGGAGCAAUCAGGGUUAAGUGCCUUGCUCAACGGCACAUUGGCAGAUUUGGUCACCUAGUCUGCUCAGGGAUUCUAACCAGCGACCUUUCGGUUACUGGCCCAAUGCUCUUAACCGCUAGGCUACCUGCCAUGGAAACACACACACAUAUUAAUACAUGUAGUACAUGUAUUUACAGUACAUGGAUAUACAGUACAUGGAUAUGCAGUACAUGGAUAUACAGUACAUCGAUAUACAGUACAUGGAUGUACAUUAUUCAUAUAAGGACACUUACUCUCACUGCCUCCAUAACAAGAAAAUCAUUCCUCCAUUCAGUCAUUCUGAUUUACAUCUUUACUUUACUGUGUGUGUGUGUGUCCAGACUUUGUAGCCGUGUUGACGGGAUUGACAGACUCCUGGUUACCCAGCUCCAGUGGUGUGGCCCGGGCACGCUUCUCUCUCACUAGAACCAGCCUGACCUUCUCCAUCACCUACCAGAGGUAACACACACACUGCCAGAAAAACAAACGAUAAGUGUGCAAUAAUCAUUAGUAAUAACUAGUCUCUAAAAUUCUAUCUUUCCGUCUCUCCCUUACUCCUGUUCUCACUCUCCCUCCCUCUCUCCUCUCCUAGGAUCGGGCGACCAAGCAGGGUUGUCUUCCUUGAUUCAGAUGGAAAAACUGUGUUUGAGUACAAGAACCCUAAGGGAGACUCAGACAUGGUAAGAGACUGGAACGCUUUCUGUUCCUAG